UUCUCAGAGAGAGUUUGUUGAUUAAGGGAAAUUAGAGCCGUGUUAAAGUUUAACACUGCAGUGUGAAAUAUCACUGCAAAUAGUGUGGUAUUCAGAGAAGAUGGCUGGGUUACCAAACAGUAUUCCUGGGAUCAGGUUCCUACUCCACCAUUACCCAGGCAGUAGUGGUGUGACCCACCCCUAAACCUUUAUUAUUUAUUCUUAGCUGCCUUUUUCAUAAAUAAGGGUGUUAAAUCUCUAGGUUUUUUGUCUAAUGAAAAAAAAUAUUUGAUUCUUACAUUAAAACAAAUUUCUUCAAAACAGUUCCUUUUUACCUCCUUUUAUUUAAAUGAACUUCAGCUGACUUACACCCUGUGGUAAAUAUUUAAAAACAGUAAUGCUUUUCUAGGAUUUCAUAAUUGAUUCAGUCUUUUUGGGGGAAGGCGGGUGAGCAUUUAGUAAUGUAGAUAACUGUCAGAUCACUAUGAUGUGAUAUAUUGGAAACCAAAUAAUAGUGUAUAUUAACUAUACUUCAAUAAGAAAAACAAGUUUUAUAAUUGAUUCUGUCUUUACAGCAUCUUUAAGAAGGGUAGAGGAAAAAUAAACACUUGUGGAAUACCUCUUAUGAGCCAAAUCUUUCAUAUUUAUUUCAUCCUCAAAAAAGCCUUAUGAAGUAGAAAUUUUGUCCUUCACACUUAAGAAAACAGAGAAGCAGUGACAUGCUAAAGGUGCCCGAGCAGGUAAGGGCUGGGUGGCACCUGAGGCUUUCCUCUCAGGUCUUUUCUGGUUGGAAGUAUUGUGUUCUUUCCAGCACAAGAUGCUGGCAUUCUGUAAAAGAGUUGGUAUCCCAUUUAACAGAUGGAAAGACUGUGGUACAUAGAAGCUGGGGACUUCCUCAAUUUUGUAGUAAAUCAGCAGUUUUGGUGCCAAGAAGAAAACUCAGGAAUUUCAGAAUAGAUCGUAAGUUCAGAGUGAUGGGCAAGGUGCAAGAAAAUAUUGUUUGUAUGGUAAUUUUAUUUCUAUUUGAUGUCAGCAUUGAUUUUCAGGGUAUUUAAAUGGUGAGAUAUGAAAGAAUUGAGCCUGUGGUAUUUGUAUAUUUUUAAAAAACUAAAUUCUAGUAAUACUUUAAGUGUUUCCUACAGACUCUUUCCAAAUGAACAAAUUUUAUAUCCUAGAAAUUGGUGAAACCUCCUUAUUUUUUCCAAACUAUGCAUCCUAGCCUCCCUAGCUCCCCAGUCCUCUGCCUCAUAAAUCAUGAUUCUUGGAGUAUCAUAAGGCUUAACCUUGAACUUCAUUUCUUCUUAUAUAAAGGAAUCUUCUGAUCUGGAAAUAAUUUGUAAUGCUGUGCAGCAGUGUACUUCCUCUUGCUUCAGAAAAUACUUUUUUUCCCCUCUUAACUUGUAUUGGUUUUUUUAUCCUCUGUGUUUGUAUUGGCUCCUAGCCUUCCGCUCCUCUCGGUGCAUUUGGUCUGCUGCCAAAUGAGAGUCAGCAGUUAGCCUAGAAGUAUCAUUUUCCAACACACAGAAUCAGAAGGAAAACCCCGCCUCUUACACCCACUACUGCACCAUACUACAAAACUGACUAGUUGCAUCAUUUGCCCAUCACUUGUGAAUUUCUGCUUUCCACAGCUCUCAUUCCUGCAGAGGAUGAGUUUGAACCACAUGGAAGAUAUGCCUUUAAGCCAUUCACGUCCUCAAGAAACACAGAGACCAUCCUGGAAUCAAUGGCUCCUCUACUCGACAAUAGUCAUUUUGCUAUUAUUGCUUUGCUCCUUCAGUACACUAAUUGUUACUUUUCUCCCAUUCAAGGUUGCCAACGAGCCCUGUGGAGCUAAGUUUGGACCAUUACCUUCAAAAUGGCAGAUGACAUCUCCUAAGCCUCCCUGUGUCAACGAGACAGCUGACUGGAAGCUGAAGAUACUUCAGAAUGGCUUAUAUUUAAUUUAUGGCCAAGUGGCUCCCAAUACAACCUACAAAGAACCAGCUCCUUUUGAGGUGCAGCUACGUAAAAACAAAGACGUCAUACAAGUUCUAACAAACAAAUCUACAAUCCAAAAUAUAGGAGGGACUUAUGAAUUGCAUGCUGGCGAUGUGAUAGGCUUGUUAUUCAACUCUGACCAUCAAGUCCUAAAAAAUAAUACAUACUUGGGGAUCUUAUUGUUAGCAAAUCCCAAAUUCAUCUCCUAGAAACUGAAUUUGGUCUCCUCAUCCAAUUCAGCAAAUGCAGAGAGCUCGUGGGUCAGUUGGAGCAGGCAGAUUUUCGAUGUCUGAGCUUGGUUUGGGUACACAGAUCAACACAAACAGAACCCCUCUGCAUGUGAAUUCUCAUCUCUCAUACUUAUUGAAAGAGACUCAGAAGAAAGGCCAAAGACAUUUGGCUAGCCCUGACAGUGGGUCAGCAAAGAUACUUUACAAAUCCAUGAGAAAAUGAAUAUGGGUGCUAGAGGACAGAAGCCCCUCGACAGGUCUUUGUCCAAUUCUUGAAUUCUUGAGCAGAAAAAUGAAAUCUUAUCCCUAUGGAAGCCUUAUCUGGUAAGCAAAACAAAAAACAAAACAGAACAAAACCCCAGGGCAGUAGCCUGGCCUUGUUCUCAUAUCCUUGGGUGACUUCACUUCAUUCUUUCCAUAGUCAUGUGUUCCAAGGGCUUCCUAAUAAAAUGUAGUCAGGCUGGGAGGGCAGCCACUGAUAUGCCAACAACACCCCCUUUAGAUUUGAAGGUGCUGGAAGGUUGGGAAUACUCUAGAAAACAGCUGGUGUGGAAUGGAGUGAGCAUCAUUUGGGAAUUUCUCUGGGUUUCAUCGUACUCAGGAUGCAGGGUGCUUAAUAAAACCAGUUGAUCAGUCAUUCUGACCCUUCACACAGGGCUUCAGGAGGACUUGCUGUUUGUAUGUGUCUGUGACUGUUACGUGGUGAAGAAAGAGUAAUCAUAGUAAUCACAGGUUUUUCAACCCCAGAAACAGGCAUUACCAGUUCCACAUUCUGUCAUGUAAUGAUUUCCUAUUUUUAGCUGUCUCUCCACAGUCUGCAAAGGGCUUUCAUAUAUCAUAUGGCAACUCUGUGAAGUUAGUGGGGCAGGUAUUUUUUGGAACCAUUUUAACAAUGAGACUAUGGAGGCAGAUGAAACAUAGCUAGGUAACUUGCCUCAGCCAUAGAACUAAUGACUAUCAGGGUCAAUGGCUUCUUAUCACACUGUCACAGCCUUACAGCUGGUAUUUCUGCUGUCAUAUUAUAGUCUUUAGAGUUUACUAGAUUCCAUUUGCAGGAGGUGUAGUUCCUGUUAGCCCAAGGUGGGUAGAGGGAGGCUACAACAGAUCUUUCUUUUCUCUGAAAAAUUCUCUAUCUUUCCCUGCCUGGAGCAGGGAGUACAAGAGUGUUACUCAGGGCUUAUUCUGACCAAAUAGCCUUCCUGUCAUUGAAAAGCCUGUCUUUUAGUGUGUUAACUUCUAAAUAUGAUGAAUAGCACUCAAUUCAAUGACAGCCUGCUAAAAUUUCAGACAAUGUUAAUUUAAGUAAGUGCUUAUGGAUUAAAAAGUAUGUAACGUGAUUGCAUGAUAAACCAAUUUAAACUAUUUAUGGAUAUCUGUAAAGAGUUACAUUAUGUUCAUUAAUACUAUCACAUAUACAGCUAAUUUAAACAUAUGUGUAUUGUGUGCAACAAAAAAAUUGCUUGGGGGCGGCUAAGCCUGAGGUCAACAUGUUUCUUUGUAAGCUCCUUAAAUCUGCUGAGCAGCUAUAGGGCCAGAGACUUUGAUGCCUUUUUCCUCUUGCAUUUGUAUAUUUUCUCAGGAAAUUAAAAUUCUAUCAUAGAUAUUUAUGGAAACUGGGUGGUAUUGACUGUCAUUGAGUUAUAAGCUGCGGUGGGCUGCAGUGGGCUAACACUAGUUUGUGAGAGCUGAGUGUUAAAUUUUCAGAAUUUUUGCAGUCUGAUUAUUAAAUACAGCCAGCCUUGAAGUCAGCCACGGUUGGACUAUUUUGCCCAUGGGAACUGGCAAGUGCUACAGAUCAGGGCUUUUAUUUUUGGAAAGCCCAUUCACACCACUGUUUGGAAAACUCUCCUUCUUAAUGACUCCUCUCUGCUCUUGCCUCAUUCCUGGGACAAUCAAGGCAGGCAAGGGAGAGAAUGCAACCCUCAUACUCCCUGCAAAAGUCCCACAUGGGGGAGGUUUCUCAGGGCUGGGAGAGAUCUCUAUAGCUGCAGGCAGAGAGACAGCUACCCACAGAUGAUCUUUGAAUUUCCCUGGUGUUGAAAUUUCAGUUUUGUUGUCAAUGUAUAUCCUCUGUUUCUGUAUUUCCUCAAACACGUGUUUACAUUUUAAUAGAAGAAAAUGUAUAUUGGUAAGUGGACUGCAGCUGACUUAUCCGUGGGUUAUCAGAUUAGGGUUAGUGACUUAGAGCUCAUGAGGCUUCAUCGGAGAAAUCUCUGCCCGUCUGAACACGGUUUGGCAAGCGGCAGUGCAAGGGAGCUGGACACAACCAGCUUUUGGUUCUAGUGUCCCAGUUUCUGCUGAGUUAGUCAGUUUCACUAUCUGACUUCCACCCAUCUCCUCAACUCCACCACACCGGCUCACACCCUCAAAGCCAUUACCCAUCUUCUCACAUGAAUUUUUACCUUCCAUUUUGC